CUUAGAAUUAGCUGUCUCUCUCUCUCUAAUUAUCUGCUAACCCCGCCCGCUAAUUUGAACACGUUCCUCCGUCAUCCUUUUCCCUUUCCCCUCCUUUUUAAAACUGUUCACUGUUCGAUUCUUUGCUUAGCUUCCACAUUCCAUAAACCCCGCCGAUUCCUCCUCCUUCCUCUUUCUUCUCCCCCAAUUCCCAUCUCCUCCCCACAGCAGCUAGUUGGUCGCCUUUCCUAAUCGACAUUCCUAACUUCACUCUGUUUCACUGCCAGAAAGAAUUAUUUCUUCUUCUUCUUCUUCUUCUUCUCUCUGAUCCAACUCCUUUACCAAUCACUUCUCUCCGUGAGCUUUCAAUGCCAAAAAAAGGUUACGAACAAUAAGGAGAAACCCAUUCUCUUCUUCUUCCCUGGGUUUCUGGGUUUUGGUUUCUUAAGAAGCCAGAAACCAGGAAAAAAUGGUGGGUACGGCUGCCGGUUCUUCAGCUGCUCCUAUUAUCUCUCCUGUAUAUGGGUUUCCUUCAGAUUUUCCCGGGGAUUUCGUUUCAGAUCAAACAAGCCACCGCCCAACAACAACAACCGUCGCUUAAUUUCCCCUCCUUCUUGUAGUUCCCUUCCCCUGUUUUUAAUGGCUUUUCCUUAUUCUUUGUCCUCCUCUCAACGCAAAUCAUGUCUACUGUUCAUAAACCUCUCCUUCCUAUUAGUAAUCGCAGCCGUUUCCUUUACAACCCACUUCAAGUCCAACCCACCACCAAAAUCCCUCGCCGGCAUCAACGCUCUGCAACAACCCACCUCCGCCGCCGACCACCAGCUAGACUGCAACGAAUUCCAGAGUCUCCCUUCCCCAAAUUCCAAGUGCAUCGCCCUCAAAUCCAGAAACCCAUGCGUCUCCCAAGGCUACAUCGACUACCUCCGCAUAUUCUACUGCAACUUCGGCGAAUUGCCCCUUUUAGGUCACACCCUGCUCCUCCUCUGGCUCCUAGUCCUCUUCUACCUCCUCGGCAACACCGCCUCCGACUACUUCUGCUCGUCGCUCGAGGACCUCUCCCGCUUGCUCAAGCUCUCCCCAACAAUCGCCGGCGUCACUCUCCUCUCCCUCGGGAACGGCGCCCCGGACGUCUUCGCCAGCAUCGUCUCCCUGGCCGGAUCUGGUACUCGCGACAUCGGGUUCAACACCAUGGUAGGUGGGGCUUCUUUCGUUACCUGUGUCGUCGUCGGGACAAUUAGCUUUUUGGUGAAGCACAGGCGGAUUCGAGUCUCCCGCGGCGCAUUCAUCAGAGACGUUUGUUUCUUCACCCUGGUUCUCGGCUCUCUGAUCAUGACCUUGCUUUUGGGGAAAAUCAACCUCUGGGGAGCAAUUGGGUUCUCGCUGAUGUACGUUGUCUAUGUGAUUAUCGUCUACAUCUCGUACUUGUACUGGAGCAACGGGAUUAAAGAUCCCGGUGGAGUGAUUCUCUGCGGCGGUUGUGGGAGUGAUACGCCUAGCUCCAGCUGCGAGAGCGGGUUGAGCAUACCUAUAUUGAUGAAGAAGGAGAGGGAUGAUGACGUGGAGGAAGCACAGCCGCAAGAACAAGAAGAAGAACGAGAGGGAACCGAUGGUCGGACCGAGUUGAGAAGGUUCUGGUUCAACCUGAGGGACUCGGCCCCUUUUCGAUUGAUGAUCAGCAUUGUCGAGAUGCCGCUCUACUUGACUCGCAGGCUGACGAUCCCGGUUGUUUGCGAACGAAGAUGGUCGAAACCAAUGGCGAUCGCGUCGGUAAUCCUAGCCCCGAUCCUGCUAUCCACGCUCUGGGUGGCUCAGUACGAGAAUCCCCGGUUCGAAACAUGUGUUCUGGUUUACGGGGUUGGGUCGCUGAUUGGAAUCGGUCUAGGGCUGUUGGCCUUUCUGACAACCGAAGAAUCGAGCCCGCCGGAGAAAUGCUUGCUGCCCUGGCUAGCAGGAGGGUUCCUAAUGAGCGUGACGUGGAGCUACAUCACGGCUCAGGAGCUGGUCGCGUUGCUGGUCUCUCUGGGUUACGUGUUCGGGAUCAGCCCUUCGAUCUUGGGGCUGACCGUCCUGGCGUGGGGGAACUCGCUGUCCGAUCUCAUAACCAACUCGACCAUGGCGAUUAACGGUGGGGCGGAAGGCGUGCAGGUGGCGAUUUCAGGGUGCUACGCGGGGCCGAUCUUCAACGUCCUGUUCGGGCUUGGGUUGUCGCUGAUCGGUUCGUGCUGGGAGUCGUACCCGGAACCGGUUUUGAUAUCGUUGGACCCGUACCUCCUCGAGACGUUGGGGUUUCUGCUGGCCGGUUUGGUUUGGGGACUCGUGGUUCUGCCCAGGAGAGGGAUGAAGCUGGAUGGGGUUCUGGGUGGAGGUUUGUUGGUUAUAUAUCUGCUGUCUGUGUCGUUGAGGCUGGUUCAAACUUCUGGGUCGCUCCAAUUCCUUGACCAUAAUAGCCUGUAAGUUUGUAUGUAAACAGCAUAGAUGAGUGAUAUUUUUUGACUGUUGUGUAGGAAGUCAUUAAUUGAGCAACUUGCUGGGGUUGCAUAGAACUAUAAAUGACAUAUAUGUAAUGUAAAUGGUGGUAAUGGUAAAACUGUAAAGAAUGGAGUAGGUAAUGGUAAUUUAGAUUCUAGAUCUUUGCUCGUGUUUGUUUUUUCCCGAUUGGUGCGAUUAAUUGCAAUUUGCAGCAGCAAAGGGAAAAUUUCAUGGGCCGAUGGUUUCCUUUCCUAAGAUGAAUUACUCAUACAUCGCCGUCACUCUAUCUCUAUUGAAAUUAGGAGCUUUAAACUUUUAUAUUAUACAUGUUAAUCUAACACUACUUGAUAAGAUGUAAGAUUACCGAUUUCAAUUUUGGUGAGAGUACAUUUGUGUGUGAAAAGAACAAAAGGGUAAUUGUGUU